AACAAUCUCAAAAUCUUAAUAAACAUAAUUGAAAAAACUCAAAGUAAAAAUUCAUAUGUAAAAUAUGAUAGAUAUAUUGAAGAUUGUGCCAAAAAUCUAGGAUGGUACGAACUUUUAAAUGACUCAGUAUAUGACCCUUUACGACUUGUAGAAGCAAAAAAUCAGAUUAUAAAUCUUAUUGUUAUGAAUUUGGGUGUCAAAAAAGAUUAUAAAAAGGUCUUUAAUAUCUAUUUAGAACUUUCAAAAACUAAGACUCAUUCCACUAAAGCUAAAGAAUGCUUGACAUGGUUUUAUUUUUCUAGAAAGAAGGGUGUUGUGAACCAAGACUCUAAAAAAGCCUUUGAAACUUUCAAAAAGCGAUUCAGACCAACAAAAUUCUGUAAAACUUAUGUUGGCAAAAUUCUAUCUAAAUGCGGUGGUUCAAAAUCAAAAAAAGGCAGUUGA